CUCCGCCUCUCUCUCUGUUUCUCUCUGCGUGAUUUAUUUUUCACCGAAAUCUCGAACGAGUUAAUAACUGAGAGGAACACCAGUGCAUAAUAAAAACGCGAUAUUUCGGUUUCGGAAUACGAAAGAACACAGUUUAUUUCGGGCUCAGUGUGACAUAGAUGGCGAUGGCGGUUGGGCCAGCUGCGUCGCCGACUGAUGGAGCCGCUCCGGUGCUGGGACCCGCAAUGAUGCAUAUGCAGAUGCCGGUGCCGGCCCCGGCGGCGAUGGUCUCGGACGCCAUGGCGAAGGACGCUAUUAUCGGGUGGUACCGAGGCGAGUUUGCGGCCGCGAACGCGAUCAUCGACUCACUCUGCAGCCACCUGACCCAGCUCAGUGGCGGAGGGGCUGAAUACGGCGCCCUUUUCGCAGCGAUACACCGGAGGAGGAUCAAUUGGAUCCCGGUGCUCCAGAUGCAGAAGUAUCACUCAAUCGCCGAUGUGAUGGUUGAGCUCCGAAACGUCGGAGCGAAAAAGGCGGAGAAGGAUAGUGAAGAAAACGGGGAGGCUUCAGGAACCGAUGAAAAUUGUAAGAGCGAGGAGGCUAAGUCGUGUUUGGACGAGGAGAAAGAGAAGGAAAAUGAGAAAGUGGAAGAAAGUAAUGGAAAUGACGCUGCCGAUGAGGCUAUCGAAGAGGAGGCUUCUCCGGAUAGCGAGAUUACUGAUUCAGGGUCUCAAGAAGCACGGCUCAAUUCAGUAAACGUCGAGAUAUGCUCUAAUCAUGAAGAAUGUGAGGCCCGUCGUACCGAGAUCAAGUUGACAAAAGGUUUCUCUGCAAAGGAGUCGGUCAAAGGGCAUAUGGUGAAUGUUGUGAAAGGUUUAAAGCUAUAUGAGGACAUAUUCACUGAUUCAGAGCUCUUUAAAUUGACUGAAUUUGUAAAUGAACUCCAUGCAGCUGGACUGAAUGGAGAGCUCUCAGGUGAGACCUUUAUCUUAUUCAACAAGCAGAUUAAGGGAAACAGGAGAGAGCUGAUUCAGUUUGGUGUUCCAAUUUUUGGACAGAUCAAGGAGGAAACUACAAGCAAUAUAGGGCCAAUUCCAGCUCUUCUCCAAGAUGUGGUUGAUCACUUUGUACUGUGGCAACUAAUUCCAGAGUAUAAAAGACCAAAUGGUUGCAUCAUCAACUUCCUUGAGGAGGGAGAAUAUUCACAGCCAUUCCUGAAACCACCCCAUUUGGACCAGCCCAUCGCCACUCUUCUCCUCUCUGAAUCAACAAUGGCUUUUGGGCGCACCCUUCUGAGUGAUAAUGAUGGGAACUACAAGGGGCCGCUGAUGCUCUCACUGCAAGAAGGGUCUCUUUUAGUUAUGAGGGGAAACAGUGCCGACAUGGCAAGACACGUCAUGUGUCCGUCUCCAAAUAGAAGGGUGAGCAUCACAUUCUUCAGAGUCCGAGUAGACUCCAACCAAUUCCAGUCACCACCAAGUCCAACACAGAAUGGUGCCAUGACUCUAUGGCAACCUGGCGUUGCGAGUCCAUAUGCAGUGCAAGAUGGAGCUCUCAAUGGCUAUGAGGGAAUGGAUGUAAUGCCCAAAUGGGGUGUCCUUCGGGCUCCAGUGGUCAUGCUGGCCCCAGUUCGGCCUAUGGUAUUGAGUCCUCGAAAAGUUCCUCCAAGUGGUACUGGGGUUUUUUUGCCCUGGACUGUGGGAUCAAGAAAACCAGCAAAGCAUCUCCCACCUCGUGCCCAAAAAGGACGGCUUAUGGCGCUCCCGUCCCUGCCAGAAACACAAGCGGGUGAGUCCACUUCUGAGCCAGGCAUCAGUGUGUAAUGGAAGAGCAUCAGUAUGAAGUUUGUCAGAGGCAGCCCUGGGUCCAACGAUAUGAAUCAGAAAAGUUAGCAUUCAUGUUCACAUCCUUGUUCUGCAGGAUUUUUCUUGUUGUACAAACAGAGCCUAGGUGCUGUUAGAGGAGUCUGUUUUUCUUUUUUCAAUUUGCUUUCCCCCUUAUUUUCCUCAGUAAGAUUAGGGUGCUAGCGCGAUGGUUACAGUACUUUUUCUGGGAUGCCGAUCAUGUUAGGGCUUCAGAGGUAGUUGAGCAUCAAGUUUGUGGAGUGUGAAUUAGCUCAAGUAAGGAGCUGAAUUUUGUAUUAAGUUACGCUAAAGGAUUUCAUAGACAGGUUAUAUAUUAUUUUCUUUACAGAA